AUGAAGUUCACCACUCUCUUUGCCGGCGUCUUUGCCGCUGUUGCCGUUGCCGCCCCUACCACCUCUGAGCCUGAAGUUUCUACUGCUGUCGAGAAGCGCACUGCCAUCCCUGUUGGCCAGCUCAACAACCUGAACCUCAAGCAGCAGGACCUCCGCUACUUGUUGGGUGUCAACAAGGUUGACCUUGCCCUCUUCCAGCAGCUUGGUCUUCAGAACAAUCUCAACCUCCUCCAGUUUCAGAACCUCUUCAACGUGCAGACCUUUGACAUCAACGCUCUGCUCCAGUUCCAGCAGCUGCACACGCUGCUCGCCAUUGCCCAGACCGGUGUCCUCAACAGAUUUGAUCUGUCUUCUCUGGUCUUGGGCAAUGUCAACCUGGCCCUGAUCCAGCCCAUUGGUGGUGUCAACCUUGGCCAGUUUAUUGACGUUGCUGUCGUCCCCCAGGUUCAGACCAUUGCCAACGGAGGUAAGCAUACUUCUUUAUAG